AUGCACGACUCUCUGACUGUGUCGUCCGACAAAGGUUCGAUCCUAAUUGUCGGCGCAGGCACUUGGGGCACGGCGAUUGCAUACCGUCUCGCAAGGGAAGGUUACCGCCAUAUAACCGUUCUCGAUGGCCAAACAUUUCCUUCUGCGACUGCGGCCGGUAACGACUUGAACAAGAUCAUGGAGGAGCCGGAGGACUAUCCACAUUUUGACAACGACAACGAUAAUGACUACGCUUGGAAUGUGAUCGAAGGGUUAGCAACAGAUGUCUGGAAAUCAGACCCGAUAUACAAGCCACAUUAUCACCCAACAGGCUUCAUCUAUGCUGCGGUCGGAGACGAUGCCUACGCCAAAGUCGUCGCCACCGCGGAAGCUCACCCGGCGAAUUGGGAGGCACUACCAGACGCACCGUUUUUCCAUUCGAGCAUGCCACACGGUGUGCUGACUGGCGACUUUCCAGGAUGGCGAGGCUUCUGGCGUAAGCAGAAUGCAGGAUGGGUGGCUGCACGUCAGACGAUGAGAGACCUGCACACAGAGUGCGAGAGGUUGGGCAUCCAGUUCGUGUUUGGAGAGAAGGGCAACGUGAUUGAGUUAUCAUACAACGAAACGCGUACGGACGUGCUUGGUGCAAGGACCGCGGACGGCACACAAUAUGUCGCUAAUCGAACCAUUCUCGCCGCAGGAGCAGGCAGCGACAUGCUGCUCAAUUUCCGGAAACAGCUUCGUCCUUCUGCGUGGACAUUAGCUCACAUACCGCUAAGCCAGGAAGAGACGAAGAUCUACCGUGACCUACCCGUGCUCUACUGCGCCGACCGAGGCUUCUUCAUCGAGCCAAACGAAGGCCAAACAGAGAUGAAGAUCUGCGAUGAGCACCCGGGUUAUAUCAACCUACUCACUGACACUAAGCUCGGAGAGCAGCGCUCGAGACCGUUCUCGAAGGAGCAGAUACCUCUCGACGCGGAACAAAGAAUGCGCCGCUUGUUACGUGAGACGAUGCCUCAGCUUGCGGACCGUGGGUUCAGCUAUGCGCGAGUCUGUUGGGACGCCGACACGCCGGAUCGCCUGUUUCUCAUAGACCAGCAUCCAGAGUACUGUUCCCUGGUCGUGGCGGUCGGGGGCUCGGGACACGGCUUCAUGUGCUCUCCUGCUGUGGGGAGGCUGGUUGCUGACCUGCUAGAUGGCAGCAUAGAGCCACGCUUGCGGAGGAUGUUGCAAUGGAGGCCUGAUACUGCAGUGGACCGCGACUGGUACGCUACUCAAGGACGCUUUGGUGCCAACGGCAAGGUCAUGAGCUUCCAAGAUGUGACCGGGUGGACCAACAUAGGAAGGUGCCAUCUCUAG